AUGUGAUAAGAAGGCUCGAAAAAUCCAAGCUGAAAAAUAUUUUCAUGAAAGGUUGGGAUUGAACUUGAACAGAAAAAAAAAAUCAGUGUGUCGAUGCAGGAUAGACUCUCUGACAUGAGACGGUGCAUUAUAACAAGUGUAGUUAACAUGGAAUGGACAAGCUAACCACAACCAAGAUUGUGAAAGUAGAGGGGGGAUCUGGAGGAUCUGGAAAGGAAAUCCAGAAACACACAGAAACUGUAACGACCACAAGACUGACAUCUCUACCCCCAAAGGGUAACAGCAGCUCCGUGAGCAGCCAACAGGUACUGACCUCCGUAGUGAACAGCUCAGGCUCUGGAGGAGCUUCAGGAGGAGCCGUUCUGGUGGAGAAGAAGAUCAUCACCCAGAGCGGUGCUGAAGGAGGCGCGUCCAGAAGUUAUGUCAUAUCCUCCUCUUCAUCUGGAAGUUCAGCCAGCAGCAGUUCAGGAGCAGGAUCUGUGAUUGGUGGCUUAGAGGAAAUAUCUCGUGUAACCGGACCGAUCAGUAGCUCUACAGUUAAAAGCUCUAGUUCUGCGGUUAAAAGCUCUAGCAGCGCCUCUACCUCCAGCACAGCAGUUGGCGGUUCCUCAUCAGCAGGUGGAGGUCUUUCCUCUGGAUACGGGUCCAUCUCCUCCUCUGAGUUCGUGUCUGGGUCCUCAAGCGGUUCAGUCAGUGUUUCUGGAGGCAGUAUGAACGUGUCCAGAGGUGGAGGAGGUGGUGCUGGUUCCUCUGCGGUCAUGUCCGCCGGAGGAACUUCCAGCUCCGUGACCGUGACCAAGUUCAGCUCCUCGUCUCCCAGCGGGACACGGAAAGGUCUGAGCUACAGCACGGUUCCUCAAGAGAGGAAGACCAGUCUGAGCCUUCACACUGGAGGAUAUGAGGGGAGCUCCAGUGGAAAUUCUUCCCCUGAAUACAUUAAGAAAGAAUACGUUUCGUCAAGCGUCGCCACCAGAGGACGCACUCAAACACGAGAGAGCGAAAUCAGAGCCAGAUUGCAGAGUGCCUCGCCCUCAACUAGAUGGACGGAGCUGGAUGACGUGAAGAGGUUACUGAAGGGAAGUCGCUCCGGGAGCAUCAGUCCACCUCGUUCUCCCACCAGCACUCUACCCAUCCCCAAAAAAGCCAGCGUGGACACCCGUCAUGAGAGCCAGUCAGGGUGUGACGGCACAGUCCUGGACGCGGGAUUCAGCGGGUAUUACACCAACCCAAACAACCUCAGUUACACCACACUGCAACCAUCGUCGCCCACAGGUGGCAUGCAGAACAAUAUGACCUUCAGCUCAUCUGCCCUCAGCAGCGCAGUUUAUGGGAUGCAUAAUAACCUGUCGACAUCCGGUGGCGCUCUCAUGAUUAAUGGAAUUAGUGCUGGCCCAGUGUAUGGGGGGCAGAAGAAUAUGGGCAGCGCUGGACUGGCCACCACUGUUACUACCGUUCCCAGCAGCCCUAUCACAGCUGAUGAUGUGUUUGUGAGAGAUGGCAAGUUUAUUACGAUUGGAAAAGAAAACGUAGCGGCUAAGAAAGAGACCGAGCGACUGAUCAUGUCCAAAAACACUGGAAAACAGUUCAUCACUUCCACCACCAGUGCUGGAGCAGAUUCUGAGGAUUCACUCAAGAGGGAGAAAAAGAUGAUCUCCAGCACUAUUGACUCAACGGUUACUGCUUCCAGAGCCUCAACAAAAGACAAGGCAACCUAUGCAGAGAUCCGCACAGAUGAGUGUGACGGCGCAGGACUAGGAUUCUGUUCCUGCUGCUCGUGGUGGAAGUGGCUUCUUGCGCUGAUUUUAGGUCUCCUCCUUCUACUCGGACUCCUCUGUGGUCUCAUCGCACUGGGUGAGGAGGUCCGGAAGCUGAAGGCUCGUAUGAACGCUAUUGAUGGUGGAGAAAAAGCAGCUUCUGCUCGAACCAGCCGUUUAUCCGCAACUCCGGCUGUCAACAUCAUUGAUCCGCUAGAGUCUUCAUAUGCUGAGCGCGUCCCUGGCGUCCGAGCCGAUAACACUAUAAACCUGGGUUCAGCUUCUGCUGCACAAGACCCUGUGGUUCUGCAGAGGACCAUCCAACAGAUUCUCAGAUCCGAACUUCAAUCAGACAUCAUCAGAGCUUCACUGGCCACUUCGCUUAAGGGUGACAGAGGAGAACCUGGGCCUAAAGGUGACCAAGGACCUCCUGGAGUGAAAGGUGAUACAGGGUUUCCUGGAAUUCCAGGUCCUCCUGGUCUCAUUGGUCACCCUGGACAGGAAGGUCCUCGAGGACCCAAAGGAAGUGCAGGUGAAUCAGGAAAUGAUGGUUUACCUGGGCCGAGAGGUCGAGAGGGGCCAGCGGGUCCCAGAGGAGAACCAGGACCCUCAGGAUUUGGAGAGAAAGGAGAAAAAGGCUCAUCCGGUGAUGUUGGUGCACCUGGGCUAGCAGGACCCCCAGGCCCUAUGGGACCCAAAGGUGAUGCAGGUGCACAAGGCAUACCGGGUCUACAGGGAGCUCCCGGACCCCAAGGCUUCCGUGGAGAUUCUGGUGAUCCUGGACCCAAGGGUGACAAAGGACCUGCUGGACCAGCUGGAGUCAAAGGUGAUCAUGGAGAGAGAGGACCACGUGGUGCCACUGGUGAGCCGGGUCAGGUCGGACCAGCAGGGCCUCCUGGUGAGAAAGGUCCUAAAGGAUCAGCAGGUGCUCCUGGGCCAGAUGGUGUUAAAGGAAUUCGAGGGGAUCAAGGACCGAUCGGUUUGCCUGGAGCUCGGGGACCCUCAGGACCUCCUGGAGAUGCAGGAAUACCAGGCACACCAGGACUUCAAGGGCCGCCAGGUUUGCCAGGUACUCCGGGCCAGCCAGGAGCUAAAGGUGACCCUGGUGAACCCGGAAGAAUCAUUUCUGCUGGCUCUAAUACUAACACUGUGGGAGUACCUGGACCCCCUGGACCUGCUGGAGCUCCAGGUCCUGCUGGACCGCCUGGACUAUCAGGCCCUAUUGGUCCUGCUGGUCUUCCUGGUACACCCGGUUCAAAGGGGGAUAAAGGGGACAGAGGAGAAGAUGGGAAGCCUGGAGUCUCUGAAAGAGCAGAAAAGAAAGCUGCUUCUGAACCUGGCCCUCCUGGCCCACCUGGUCCACCCGGACCACCUGGGAAUGAUGGAAAACCAGGUGUCGGUCAACCUGGUCCUCCUGGUGAAAAAGGUGAACCGGGAAGCUUUGUACCCACUUCAGAAACCUUCUUUGCUGGACCACCUGGGCCUGCUGGACCUGUUGGACCAAAAGGAUCACAAGGUGAUAUUGGCCCUCAAGGUUUCCCUGGCCAGCCUGGAUUACCUGGAGAACCUGGAAUUGGUAUUCCCGGACAGCCAGGGUCACCAGGACCACGUGGAGAACAAGGUUCCGAGGGCCCACCGGGACCACAGGGACCACAAGGACCCAUGGGUCCCAUGGGGCCAGAAGGUCCAAAAGGUGAUGCCGGAGUCCCAGGGGCCCCUGGCAUUCCAGGAUAUUCCUACGGUGGAGGAUCCAGAAGCGCUCCGGGACCACCUGGUCCACCUGGACCCCCAGGGCCUCCCGGAGCACCCGGUUCAUCAGAUGGUGGCUCACCAGAUGUUGUUCAGCAGAUAUCAGACUACCUCAGAAGUGAACCCAUCAGAGAUUACCUGAGCGGACCUCCAGGCCCACCUGGACCACCAGGACCUCCAGGAUCAGGCUCUGAAGAUUCGCUGGCUAACCGUGUUAUUGAAUACCUUCAAAGAGAUGAGGUGAGGCAGUACCUGAUCGGUCCUCCAGGUCCCCCAGGGCUCCCAGGUGCACCAAGUGGAUAUGGCUUUAACACUCAGGAAGUUGCUGGACGAGUGCUAAGUCUGAUGAACGAUGGUGAUUUCAGAGGUCUGCCAGGACCUCCUGGCCCCCCAGGACCUCAAGGACCACCAGGAAGCGCUGGAGGAAUAGUGUCUUACGCCGCUAAUGAAAAUCAACAGCAAAUCCGUGCAGAGCCUCAGGAGUAUAUCAAAAGUCACCCAAGCCCUGAAGAGAAUUUGGAUUACGCAGUCAUCGCUAAAAAGCUUUCAGAUUACACCAAGUCUCUUGGCCUUGUAGAUUUCCAGAAUGGUCCACACGGUGUAGAAUUUGGACCCCGUGGAGCCACUGGAUUCCCUGGACCCUCUGGAGCCCCUGGAUUACCUGGACCGAAAGGAAACCGUGGAGCCCCUGGACCUCCAGGAAUCAGUGUAGAAUUUUCUUCCUCCAAUAUGACAGCGAUCAUGGACUACAUCAGAGAGAACCAUAUGAUUGGACCACCAGGGCAGAAAGGGGAUCUAGGAUACCCUGGACCACCAGGACUGAGAGGACUCGUAGGUAUACGAGGUCAGCCAGGCUUUCCAGGCAACCCAGGAAUGAAAGGACAAAAGGGAGAGAGGGGUGAUGCUUCGUAUGUCAGGCGCAGGAAAAGGAGGAGCACAAUUGUUUAGCUAGCGUGCCUUUAGCAGCUAAGACAUGUACAUAUUUAGUCUUUACUUUAGAUUUGAUUUUAAAAAGCUAUAUUUACGUGAUCAAAUUCAUUCACUUUAUGAUGCCAGUUUCUAGUAUUUCAUAAUGUUUUUUUUUUUUUUUUUUUUUGCAUGAAUGGUUUACAUGUAAUCUGGGGGCGUGCUUUAAAUUGUACUUUUUGUCAUUUUCUGCUGUUAAAAUGCUUGCGUCAGACUCAAACGUGAUUUAAAUUGAGAAUAAAGAUUUUUUUUUUUUUGUAAAAUCGUGGCUUGCAGUAACCUUCAGGAACAGACACGUGUUCACCACAAAUGUUUUAAUUACAGCAGCUUCCUAUAAAUCACAACGACUUGAUCUUUGACACAAACACAGUACAAACUGUUAUGCUGCUAACUUUACCUCACGAGUUGAAAAUGCUUGGAAAAAAUGAAGACGACCUCAAAAUCAAAUGCAAACAGGCAUAGUGAACGAAACGAGCGAGGACUUCCUUUACCAGAAGGUGCACAGCACUCUCUGUACAAAUCAAACACAUACAGCGAUGCUCUCAGGCGAUCACAAUGACAAUCUGCCUUUUUUCACAGAUUUAAAAUGUUGCUUUGAUCGUUUGAUCGACGGCGCGAAUGUAAAUGCAGUAAACACGUUUCAAACUAAGCUGAGAUGAAAAGUAUCUAUUACUAAUAAAAUGUGCUACGAUAUACAAGAAUAAAAGAACACCUGACUGGUUAAAGUACAUCGGUUUACAGGACAAACCCCUCCUUUGACUGAAAAGUACACUAACGCACUCUAGAGAUGUCCGAGAGAACUAAAACGCACGUAAUCGAAAAACCAUUUGGUGUUUUUGAGGAGCAUGAGUAGCAUGGACAAUAUGCAGAAGCUCUCUUGCUUUGAGGUUCACAGAUAAUAAUGAUGGUGGAGGCGAUUUCGUUCGGCUGCAUGUUCACAUUGCAUAGCAGUGCACGCGCAAACGCGCUUUAAACCACAGUGGCGUCAGGAUAUUUGCAUACAGUGUGGCUGAUAUGUUACAACACCUCCAAGAACACCUCCAUCAAAAAUGUUAUCACCAUUGGUGGUUAAAUCAUUCGCUUAGUUUAGUGCAAGUCAAUUAGCCCGAAGCUGAACAGUCAUUUCAUGUAAGCAGAUCUAAUCCUUAAAAACGCUACAGUAAACCACAUCAGUAAGACACUGAUUCGAAA